CUUCUCCUCGACAACUUCUUUUCUCUUUUCUCUUCUGUUAGUUGCAGAGGGAUAAAAGAUUGGAGAUAAAAAGAGACAGAAGAGCACUUUGGACGUUCACAUCUUUGUCUCUGCCUGAAGUUAUCUUUGGGCGUAUAUUUUAGCACCUGCGAAAGCGAGUGCACACAUUUUCACAUCCUCACCUCUGUCUCUGUUCUGUUUCUCUCUUUUGGAGACUAUUCUUUACUAUUCAGUCCAAACAUAGCGAAAUGGCUUCUACUUCUGCUGCCGAUCAGUUCGUGAUCAAGCCCGAGAACGUGCAGGCCUCCGUCGAUACCACGAGCUGGCCUCUUCUGCUCAAGAACUACGACAAGCUCGUCGUUCGUACCGGUCACUACACUCCCAUUCCAAAUGGAAGCACUCCCCUCAAGAGAGAUCUCAAGAGUUAUGUCAGCAGCGGUGUCAUUAACCUCGACAAGCCGAGCAAUCCUAGCAGUCACGAGGUCGUCGCCUGGGUCAAGCGUAUCCUUCGCGUCGAGAAAACCGGUCACAGCGGCACCCUCGACCCCAAAGUCACCGGAUGUCUGAUUGUCUGCAUCGACCGCGCCACCCGACUCGUCAAGUCGCAGCAGGGCGCCGGAAAAGAGUACGUCUGCGUCAUCCGUCUCCAUGACGUUCUCGAGGACGAGAAGGGCCUCCAGCGCCAGCUCGAGACCCUCACCGGUGCGCUCUUCCAGCGCCCUCCCUUGAUCUCGGCCGUCAAGCGCCAGUUGCGUGUGCGCACGAUCCACGAGCAGAAGCUCAUCGAGUUUGACAACGACCGCAAGCUCGGCGUCUUCUGGGUCUCGUGCGAAGCCGGCACCUACAUCCGUACGCUCUGCGUCCAUCUCGGACUCCUUCUCGGUGUCGGAGGCCACAUGCAGGAGCUGCGCCGUGUGCGGUCCGGAGCCAUGGGCGAGGACGACGACAUGGUCACCCUCCACGACGUGCUCGACGCGCAGUGGACGUACGACAACACCCGCGACGAGUCCUAUCUCCGCCGCGUGAUCCGCCCGCUCGAGUCGCUCUUGGUCGGAUACAAGCGCAUCGUCGUCAAGGACUCGGCCGUCAACGCCGUCUGCUACGGCGCCAAGCUCAUGCUGCCCGGUCUGCUCCGCUACGAGGCCGACAUCGAGGUCCACGAGGAGGUCGUGCUCAUGACCACCAAGGGUGAGGCCAUCGCGCUCGGAAUCGCGCAGAUGUCGACUGUCGAGCUCUCGACCUGCGACCACGGCGUCGUGGCAAAGGUCAAGCGCUGCAUCAUGGAGCGCGACACCUACCCGCGUAGAUGGGGCCUGGGACCUAUCGCGCUCGAGAAGAAGAAGCUCAAGGCGGAUGGUAAGCUCGACAAGUACGGCCGGAAUACCGAGGCUACCCCUGAGACAUGGAAGAAGGGAUACGUCGACUUUAACGCCAACGGCCAGGCUGCUCCUGAGGGCGAGGAGAGCAAGCCUUUGAUCGAGGAGGUUGCCGAGGCUAAGGUUGAGGCCAAGGAGCCGGAGGAGAAGGAGGAGAAAGAGGAGAAGAAGGAAAAGAAGGAAAAGAAGGAGAAGAAGGAGAAGAAGGAAAAGAAGCGGAAGGCCGAGGACGAGGACGAUGAGGAGAAGAAGGAGAAGAAGGAGAAGAAGCGGAAAGGCGACGACGACAGCCCGGAGAAGAAGAAGAAGAAGAAAUCUAAGGAGUAAUCUUCUUCCUUCUCAUUGUUUAUGUCUUAAAAAAUUGCGUUAUGUACUAUUGUAUAAGAGUUUUGUUUAAUCCAUUUGUUGCCAUAU